CCUAUUUUCCUCUUUCCCCCUUCCCCCUUCUCUCCAAAACGCAUUCCUCUCCGAGGGCUCUCUUUUCCCCUUCUCUUCUUGUACAUGGCUGUCUUCUAGAGACAUCUCCUGGCCUGUGUCCUUACUUUCGUUUCUUCCUCGCCUGGUUUCGAGUUUCCUUCUGCAUCUCUCGCAUCGAGCGUCCUUUUUUUAAUCGUUGUACCACUAUAGUUUAUGUCCACGUUACUUAGAACAGCAUCCUGUUUCUUCGGAUCCCCCCUUUGACGCGAACACACUUCCUCGGUUCUUUUCCUGUCUUCCCGAUCACGCCUCCCGGACGUGGCUUCUUGACAUACUGGUGGAGAGAACAAUAUGGCCGCGUUGGUUCAAACGAUCCCGCAAAGUAGUACGGUACCUGUGCUCCAGACGCGUCCUUCCUCCUCUUCCGGCACUUUCAGCGCCCCCCAAAACCAGACCUCGCACAUUCAGAGUAUGUCUUGGACUUCAUUCAAUGGCAAUUCUGGGAACUAUCGAUCAGGACAUCCGGUAGUGGCUCCUUACGCCUACAAUCCGAACCUGAGUCAAUCUUCCCAAAAUCGCCAGUCGUGGUCUCCUCAUCUCCGCCCAGAACACCGCACCUUUUCCGCCCCUACCGCUCCCCAACUUCCCGGGAAUCCGGCAUACGCUGCCACCCCCCGAAACCCCCAUACUGCAGCUGGUUCUGUAUCGAAUUCUUCUUCCUCCAAUUCUUCCUUCCGUUCCCAUGUUUCCAAGGACGACAGUGCACUUCCCUCGAGGCAACCGAGGAGCGAUCAGCCGCUCCGCCCCCUAUCUACCGCCAACCUUCCUCCCCCUUCCGUUAUGAACAUAAACUCCCCCAAGCCCUCUCCAAACCGUUAUCGACGUGGCAAUCAACGGGCGGAAGCCGCAGCACUGCCUGCAACUCCUGCUCCAGUUCCGACCGUGGUGGUCGAUGAUCACAGCACUCCAACAGUGCCUCGACCGAACAUGCACAAUCGGGUUGCGAGUGUGGAUGAUUCGUCACAUGCGGAGAGAGCACAACCUGAGCGUUAUCGGCGCCGAAGCGUGGGCAACAUAGACGCCUCCGCGUAUCCCAAUCUGCAACUGGAUCUCCAGUCUACUCCUGCAUUCGGACCUGCAUCGGGACCCUACGAUUUCAUUGCUUUUGACACCAACCAACGGCCUGUGUCUUCACACUCUCACCGGGACAGCCUCGGUAGUAAUCACUCGGCCCAGUCAUCGACUUCUUCGACACGUGAAGGCACCCCAGAUUCCAGCUCUGCGACGAGCAAGACCGGAAAGUCCGAUGACAAAAGAACGACUAAGCCAUCGCCCUUGUCACAACCUGUCUCUACCGAACCCGAAACCCCUAAAACUACUCCCCAAUCCGACACACGCAAAACUCCAUCUCCACUUGAUUCCCCAGCUGCAAAGCGUCUCAAUGAUUUGAAAAAUGAAUCGAAACGCCCCGGGAAAUCACGCCUGAGACGGGCCUUCUCUUUUGGUAGUGCCUCUGAGCUUCUUAAGAACUCCGCACAAACCAACGCUGCCAAGCGAGAAGCCAUUGCGCUCGAGAAAGAACGUCGUGAAGCCUUGAAGGAGGAGCUGGGACCCGAACAGGCCGCAAUUGCCGAGCAACAGGAACUGAGUGGACUGGGUAACAGCAUCUACUCCAACCAAGGCCAUUUCUUCACUGGAUCUACCGACAAUCUCUCAGUCUCAUCCACCGCCUCGUCUGCUUCCAUGAUGCUUCGCAAAAUGGGCAAGGGAAUGAAACGGUCAACUCGCUCAUUGGUUGGCAUGUUCCGACCGAAAUCAGUCGCCAGUAUCGGUUCCGUCGAGGGUCCGGCCGUUGAGACUCCACCCCCACAGAUCACCGUGGUGAACGUUGAGGCGGAGAGGGAGAGCGUCGCUGUCAAUCCAGACCCCCAGGAAAUGCCCCGUGGGGGUACAGUCUUCCCCAGGGUGGAGGGCGCUUCUGAGGUCAGGCGGUCUACUUCGGUUCGGGAAAGAGCCGCAUCCGAGAACUCCCAAUCGCGUAAGAGCAUUGUGGGAGGAGACCGCGAGCGUGCGGAGAUCCUGGCAGGAAUUCGAAAGGGUAUCCUGAAGAAAACUCACUCUGACCUCGGUUUCUCGUCGCCUGCAUAUGCAGUUAACGGUGGUGACUCACCGCACUCCAGUGCUCCCCCGACACCCGACGAGGCGGCGCGAUCCCCAGCUCACCAGAACGACUCCGUCAAGAUCGCCGGAGAGGAUUACUUCCUUUCGAACGCAGGACGGUUCACGUCCUCCGAGGCCAAGAGUGCGCCUAUCACCCCGCAAGCUGUUGCCGGUAGAAAUAUCGUCUUCAGCCCUCGCAUUCAGUUCCACGAAACCUGGCCUAGCGGCGAGUACGACCGACGUGGAGAGAUUGCGACCUGCAACCGUCUCACUCCGCUGCUUGCUCAGCAGAUUCGGGAGGAGAUCAACAACUUCAAAAUGGAGAUGGAAGUUCAUGAGAAUUCCAAGAUCUACACGCACUUCAUUUAAGUUCUGGGCGGGAGUUUCUUUGCAUGGCUCGGUACUUGUCCAUCAGCAAGCGAUUUCAGGGCAGUGAUCGAGCUCACAUUCUGUCCAUAGACAUGCAUCAAUUCCGGCGACUGGUGUUUGAUGAUUUCUUCCUCGCAAACAUAAGAUAUGGCAUCUGAGCGGGCCUUAAUUGAUAUCAAGGAUCCAUACACUCCAGCGAUUUGACCAUAACAUUCGUGCUUCCGGCGGCAAAAGUACCAAACAAAACAAAAAACGGUGCGGCUUUCUCGAAAUCUUAAUGGUCUCUCCUGCAUGUACCAGCACCAAAACAAUCAGGACUGUUCACUUCGAGCUCCAUGUCUUGGUUGAUCUUGAUCUAAUGAAAGUUCUUGCCGUCUAAUCGGUGUGGCAGUCCUUGUUCCUCUCUGUUUCCUUUUCUGUUUCAUUUCAUUCCUCUCUUUCCUGCAUCGUGCAUCUGAAUCAUUGUCAUUGAAUAUUGGGAGCGUGGGUACUGGGCAGUUCUUUCCCUUUUUUUCGUUUUUCAUCCUCUUUCUAUCUUCUCUUGUCUUCUAGCACAUCGUUUCUCCUGUCAUGGUCAUGUCUGGGCCCUUUCAUAUCUAUCUCCGAGCUCUACUUUGAAAUACACACUUGAGCCUUUCUUGCAUUUCGUUUGCAUCGUUCUGUAUCUUUCGUUUGUUUCGUAAUUGUGGUUAAUAGGUGGAUGUGUCAGUACUGACACAAUGGAUCUUGUUGUUCU